AUGAUCCGCUUCUACGCCGGCCACCCUUUUCGCGUUGCCACCGCAGCGCUGAAAACAGUCUUCCUCGCCCACGUCUACUAUGAAUACGGGAUCUAUCCGGCCCCAACAAAAGGUGCUUCUAUGGUCCCCACCUUCUCGGUGAUAGACGACCAUGUCCUAAUCGACCGCUCCUACCGCCGCGGCCGUAACCUCCAGGUCGGCGACGUGAUCAGCUUCGACAGCGUCGUCGGACCCGGCGAGCGCGUCAUCAAGCGUGUAGUAGGCCUGGCUGGCGACUACGUCGUGAGAGGAACGCCAUUGCCGUUAGGAAAUAAUGUCGACGAAGCAACGGGUAGUAUGGCUAUGAUACAGGUCCCACAAGGUCACUGCUGGGUCGUCGGCGACAACCUCCCCUACUCGCGCGACUCGCGUCACUUCGGCCCCCUGCCCAUGGCCCUUAUCAAGGGCAAGGUCAUCGCCAAGGUGUGGCCCUGGGAAGAGAGGAGCUGGAUCGGGAACGGGAUGGAACCUGUGGAGUCGGAAUCGACAUCAACAUGA